AUGCAGUUCUCAACACUCUCCGCCCUUGUGGUGGGAUUUUCAGCUCUCGCAUCGGCGACAUUUUCGAGUCCAAAGGCGGGGGAGCAAUGGCAAGUGGGAAAGGAACAGACACUAUCAUGGGACAACACGGGCAUGUCGGGAUUGAUGGAUUGCAAGAUUAUACCGGCUGGAGCUGUGGACACCUCAAUAGUAAUCGCUGAGGUUUUCAGUCAAAUCGACAUUGUAAGCACGGGAGGAUCAUACAAAUGGACGCCAGACGCUUCGCUCAUUUCACAAUCCGUCACUAUCGUUAUUAUCGACUCCCUAAACCAGUACCACUACUCAGAAAGCUUCACUCUUAUCGUUGCUGAGACCACCAUCGUAAACAUCGGAGGCCAAGAAAACUACAACAAUGGAAAAGAUUACACUUCAACCUGGGAAGUUGUCCAAACCACUGAACAUGUCACAAUGGUGGAGACAAUCAAGACUCUGGAAUCAUCCGUCGUUACCGAGACCGUCCAACAGACCGAACACGUUACUUACACCGAGACGAAAGAAAGCGUAGUUCAUGUUACUUCCACUGCUGUUGAGACGAACUUGGUCCACGUUACUGCUACUGCCACCGAGGUAACUGACAUCACUUCAACCGCCGUCGAGACCUCCAUCGCUAUCGAGACUUCGGUUCAGCUCGAAGAGUCACUUGUCCUCCACACCUCAGAAGUUCUUCAAACAAACUUGGUACACAUUACCUCGGAGGUUGUUCAGACCAACCUCGUCCACAUUACAUCUGAGAUCUUCGAAACCAACUUGGUUCACCUUACUUCAGAAGUUACCGAGACCAACGAGGUCACAGAGACCAACCUCGUUCAUAUCACUUCCGAGGUCCUCCAGACAAACGUCGUACAGCUUACAGCUGAAGUUACUGAGACCGAGACCAACUUGGUACACAUCACAUCUGAAGUCCUACAAACGAACUUGGUCCAUGUUACUGCGACUGCCACCGAAACUCAAAUCGCUGUCGAAACCUCUGUCCAAUUCGAGAAGUCUCUCGUCCUUGAAACCUCGAUCGCCCUCGAAAAAUCUAUCGUUCUCGAGAAGUCUGUCGUCCUUGAGACCUCUGUCGCGCUCGAAACAAGUCUAGUGCACGUCACAGCAACUGCUACAGAAACCCAACAAAGCCUUGUGCUUCAGUCCAGCGUCGUGUUCCUCACAGAAACCAAAGAAAGCUUAGUACUUAAGGAGAGCACCAACUUAGUAGAAGUCACCCAAGUCGCACUUGAGACCAGUCUUGUUCACGUUACUGCCACUGCUACUGAGGUCAAGGAAAGCAUUGUGUUGAAGGAAAGUUUGGUGCAAGUCACUCAAACUGCAACUGAGCUUCAACAGAGUGUGCUCCAUGUUACCGCCACCGCAACCGAACUCGCACUUCAGACUUCAGUGGUUUUAGAGUCGUCCGUGGUCGUUGCAACUUCGUACGUCGUCAUGACUUCUGUGCAAGUCGUGACUAGCACGGCUGUCGAGAAGAUCUCUUCUCACGUCAUCGUGACCGUCACCACAACCUUGACUGAGGGGGCUUCAUGCACAACAACUGAAGGAGGUCUUGUUACUUCGCUCUUCACGAGUUUGAGCACUUCAGUCGGAAAUGGAGAAGGUGUUCUCACCAACCAGAUUACCCUGACCGAGACACAUGGAGCCAGCGCGGCUGUGGAGACAAACAGAAUCACGUUGACGGAAUCUCACUCUGGAAGCAGCGUGAUCGACACCACGUUCACAAGCAUUAGCAUUGCAAGCCCAACGUUAUCCGUCAGUCUUGAGACUAGCAUCAGCAUCGCGCCUCCAAUCGCAACCGGUAUUGCCGAAACAACAUUUGCUCCAUCGCUCACUUUAUCAACCACCACUACACCAACACCAUUCUUUGGUGUCAGCAAUACGACAAUGAUCUUACCAUCCGGGACAGGUAGCUUCUCAGCACAACCAGUCUUCGCCAACGCCGCAUCAUCAGUAAGCACCAACAGCCUGCUAGCCGGAGGUCUCGUCACUCUCCUUUCCGCAUUUUUCCUAUGA